CGCUGGAUUAUUGCUGCUGAAGGCUGCAGGACGGAUCAGCCGCAACGGGACGAUACAGUCAGGACGGUCCUCAACGCAACUGGAGCUAAAGACUGCCUGCAUUCUGGUGUGUCAUAUCAGAUUAAACUGAAGUGCAAAGCUUUCAUUCUGUGACAUUCUACAGGAAACCAAGAAGAAAACUCACUACUGACUGCAGAAAGGAUUUACGCUCCCUCAAAACCAUUGCAUUUUUCUCUCCAUGCAUCCGCCUGCUUAACCCCAGCUCAUGUAGUCGAAUCUUGUGUCUUUCCCAGAUGCAGACAAGAAAACGAAAAUAUAGAUGGAGUGUGAGGGUCAGAUUAAACGGAAACACAUGAGUCACAUAUGAGUGAUGGAUGACGCGACGAUGUCUGGACUGGAGUCCUGCAGACCAUGAAGCAAAGUGGACUAGCCAGAUGAGAGAGGGCUUUUCUUUCUGUAGAAGUAUUGAGUCAUUUAUUUGUGUUGCCAAUGAAAAAAUAAUUAACAGAAACCGGGGGCAGAGUGACCUCAUUUAGAAUAAAUGACGUCAGGCUGAUAAGUCGCCCACCUCCUUACUAAGUGAUGGAACAUCAUGGAAAAUGGAUUGUUUUGAUUGAGGCUGGAGUGUGUGAGGUUACAUGAACAUUUUAAGAGUGUGGGUUUUUGAUGCUACAUGCAGUUAUGUUGAGGCGGGGACUUCUUACUUGGGUGUCUCGUGUUGGGGGUCUGCUGGUGCUCCUCUGUUGUUCCCUCUCACUCCUCUAUCUGAUGACCUGCAGCCCUCCACAUUCCAACAACCCCCCACUUAGUCAUGUAUUGCCCCAUGCUGGCUCAAACCGUCCAAGCCUUGGAGGUGCAGCGCCCGCAAUUGGAGCUGCAGCAGGACCUAGUGACACAAAAGCAGCUGGAGAUAUUGCCCAAAGUGGGGGUCCACCAGCAGGUCCCUCCUAUCAGAUGCUGCUCCAAGAGCGUGAGGAGCAGCCCCGCCUCUACAUUUCCUCCUUGAAGAAAGAGAUUUCUCAGCUGAAGGAGGACUUACAGGAACGCAGUCUGCAGCUGAAAAAAGUGCAGGAGACCUUGAAAACAGCUUCAAAUGGACCAGCAGAGAGGCAGGAUUGGGGCACCGAAACACAAGGGGAGGGCUUUGGAGAGGUUCAGGGAGCAAAGAGUCAGCAGUCUGACCUACAAGAGUUCCUGAGAACCCAAUUGUCAAAGGCUGAGGUAACUACUGGCACCAGGUUGCCCAAUGAGUACGCUGUGGUCCCUUUUGAGAGCUUCACCCUGCAACGGGUGUACCAACUGGAAAUGGGACUUACGCGUCAUCCUGAGGAGAAGCCUGUGAGGAAAGAUAAGAGAGAUGAGCUUGGAGAGGUGCUCGAGAUGGCUCUUCAAAGUCUCAACACACCCUCAUCACAACAAGACAACAGAGUCCCACUAGAAAAGGCUCAAACAAGCAAAGUCUAUACGCCAUCUGACUUUGUAGAAGGUAUCACUCGGACAGAGAGGGACAAAGGGACGCUGUACGAGCUGACCUUCAGAGGUGAGGCAAGUCAUGAAUUCAGACGUCUAGUCCUCUUCCGACCCUUCGGACCCCUCCUAAAGGUCAAAAAUGAAAGGAUGGACACGACUAAUAUUCUGAUUAAUUUCAUCGUCCCACUGUCAAGACGAGCGGAUAAGUUCAAACAGUUCAUGCACAACUUCAGGGAAGUCUGUGUGCGUCAGGACGGCCGCGUACAUCUGACAGUGGUGUAUUUUGGGAAAGAACAGAUGAGUGAAGUUCGAAGCACUCUGGAGAACAUAUCUCGGGAGGUCAAUUUCAAGAACUACACACUGCUGCAGCUGGACGAGGAAUUUUCCCGGGGACGGGGUUUGGACGUUGGGGCCAGGGCUUGGAAGGGAGGCAACGUGCUGCUUUUUUUCUGCGACGUGGACAUCUACUUCACAGCUGACUUCCUCAACACCUGUCGACUCAACGCGCAGCCUGGUAAAAAGGUCUUCUACCCUGUGCUAUUCAGCCAGUACAACCCCACCCUGAUUUAUGGAAGUCCUGAGCACAUCCCUCCUGUGGAGCAGCAAUUGGUGAUGAAGAAAGACACAGGCUUCUGGAGGGAUUUCGGUUUCGGUAUGACCUGUCAAUACAGGUCUGACUUCAUCAACAUCGGAGGAUUUGACAUUGACAUCAAAGGCUGGGGUGGGGAAGACGUCCACCUCUACAGAAAGUAUCUCCACAGCAGCCUUUUGGUCGUCAGAGCACCGUCGCGCGGCUUGUUCCACCUGUGGCACGAGAAGCACUGUGCUGACGAGCUGCCUCCUGACCAAUAUCGAAUGUGCAUGCAGUCCAAGGCCAUGAAUGAGGCCUCGCAUGGCCAGCUGGGGAUGCUCUUCUUCAGGCAUGAGAUCGAAGCUCACCUCCGCAAGCAGAAACAGCAAAACCCUAAGAAGACAUGAAUUUAAAUUACUGACAGGCGAACUCAGCUCAUCGUAGCUUUUUAUAAUCCUAAUAGAACCUUGGUAAGGGUGCAUAAUGGGCUGUCUUUCUGUGAACCGGACACAAGGCUAAGUUUUAUCUCUGCAGAAAGUCAAGGUUACAAGGGAGACAUU